AUGUCUUAUGGCACCGUGCCCAUCGUUCCUUUCCCCCCAAAUCAUGAGACGUUCGACUCAGGGGCCAUCACGCGGCCUAUCAUCCAGGCAGCGCACAGCUACGCAACGUUGGCUCUCGAAGCCAGGAGUUCGAGAAGCUCAAAACGCCAAGGCUCGUGCUCGAGUAGCGUUGGCAAGGAAGAAAAAAAAAAGAUCGAAGAUCAAACAGCGGCACCCAUCACAUCAUCAGUCGACAACUACGAAGACCUAUCCUGGGACGCCAACGACGAUUCCGCCAUCACUCAUCAGUCGACACUCGAAGACCUGUCCUGGGACACCAACGACGAUUCAGUGCUCACGAUGGAUAACGACUUACCUUGCCCCUGCGACUCUCAAACGCUAAUUCGACAGAGAGAAUCGUCCAGAGGGUGGCGAAAGGAGUGGUUGGUAUGGUUGGUAGCAGAAGAGACAUGGAGAGAAGUAUACCGAGGAAGCACUCGCACACGCUCGGGUGGAGGGGGAAAGUGA